UGGAUUCUAAUGGCUGAUUCGUUUCGACCAAACCCAAGUUGGGACUAUGAUGUAUUUUUGAGUUUCAGAGGUGAAGACGUCCGCAAAACUAUUGUGGACCAUCUCUAUGAUGCUUUGGUAAAGAAAGGAUUCAGGACAUAUAAAGACGACAAUGAGCUCGCAAGAGGAAGCGACAUAGAUCCCAGCCUACUGGAAGCCAUCGAGCAUUCCAGAAUUGCAAUUGUCGUGUUCUCCAAAAACUAUGCUGAUUCUAGAUGGUGCCUGGACGAGCUGGUCAAAAUCCUCGAUUGCAGGGACAAGUUAGGGCAGAUGGUUCUACCCGUUUUCUUUCAUGUGGAUCCCUCAGACGUCCGCAACCAGAGGGGGAUCUUUGGCGAAGCCUUUGCGUGUCACCAGAAGGUUACCACGGACAAAGUAGAGAGGUGGAAGACUGCCCUUACCAAUGCUGCGAACCUUGCCGGCUUUGAUCUUCAAAGUUUCAAUGGGUAUGAAUCCCAGUUGAUCAAGAAAAUUAUUGAUGAUGUUUGGGAAAAAGUGCAUCACACAUACCCUAGUGAUGUGGACCGCCUUUUUGGAAUUGACUCUCCAGUGAAGGAAAUAAUAUCACUCUUGACACUUGACUCCACAGAUGUUCGGUUCAUAGGAAUCUAUGGAAUGCCUGGAAUAGGGAAAACAACAGUUGCCAAGGUAAUUAGGAAUAGAAUCUCUAAGGAAUUUGAUGGUAACAGCUUGCUAAUGCUUGAAGAUGUCCAGCUAGGAUCAAGACAUGGUGGACUGGUUGAGUUGCAAAAGAGAUUUCUAUAUGAUAUCUUAGGAGUCCGAGACUUGCACCUACGAGAUGUUGAUGAUGGAAUUGGAAAGAUUAGAGGUCGAUUGAAGCACAAAAAGGUUCUGAUCAUUCUAGAUAAUGUUGACCAUUUGGACCAACUUGCAGCUCUUGCUAAAGAGAGAAGUUGGUUUGGCACUGGCAGUAGAAUCUUAGUAACAUGUAGAGAUGAACAUUUGCUAAAUGCUCAUGGAGUGGAUGCCAAGUAUGAGGUCCCAAGUUUGCACUUUCCUUAUGCUAACCAACUCUUUUGUUGGCAUGCCUUCCAACUACGUUCUCCGCCAGAUGAUUAUUCUGACUUUUCUCAUGACAUUGUGAGAUAUGCGGGAGGACAUCCAUUAGCUGUUAAAGUUCUGGGUUCUUUCCUAUCAGACAAAAAUCUACUUGAGUGGACUAGUGCAUUGGAGAAACUCAAAAGUAUCCCCCAUGGAGAUAUUUUUAAAAGACUUAAAAUAAGUUUUGAUUCACUGGAUGACCAUCAGCAGUCCAUUUUUCUCGACAUUGCAUUCUUCUUUGUAGGGAUGGAUGAAGACGAUACAAUUCAAAUACUAGAUGGUUGUGGCUUCCAUACGAAAAUCCACCUACGUAGUCUUAUCCAAAAAUGCCUCUUAACAAUAAGAGAAAAGAAGCUGAGAAUGCAUGAUCUGUUUCAAGAGAUGGCAAGAGAAAUUGUUCGUAGAGAGAAUCCUGGUGAACCUGGUGAGCGCAGUAGACUGUCCUUAUAUAAAGAUGUUCAUAAGGUUCUGAAAUACAAUGAGGGUACAAACAGAGUCAUAGGCCUUAAGGGGUUCUUCCCAGAAACAAGGGUGAAAUCAUUUAGAAUUGAAGCACUUGCACGGAUGAGCAAAAUAAGAAUACUCCAACUUAAAAAUGCUGACUUUGUCGGAACCUUUGAACAUUUUUCUAAAGAGUUAAGAUGGUUGUGUUGGGAAAGAUAUCCUCAGGUAUCUAUACCACCUAGUUUAAAUCUCAAAAAAUUGGUUGUCUUGAGGUUAUGCUACAGCAAACUCCAAUAUAUUUGGGAGCAAUCAAAGGUUCUUAAAAAUCUAAAAGUCCUUGAUCUCAGUUAUUCACAUGACUUAAUCAGAACCUCUGACAUCUCAGGUCUUUUAAACAUUGAGAAAUUAAUCUUCAGAGGCUGCAUUAAUUUGAUCGAGGUGCAUCAGUCCAUUGGCAAUCUUAGCAAACUCAUUUAUUUGGACUUGGAAAACUGCCAGAACCUUGUUCAUCUUCCCUCAGAGAUUUGCAAGUUAAGCCCAACCGGAGCAUCUCAUUUUGUCCUGAGCGUUCGCGUUCGCGUUCGGGCCCGAAACCGUAAAAAAAAAAAAAACCGUGCCCGCCCGCAACCGCAACCGCAACCGCAACCGGCGGGUCAGGUUUGUUUUGGCAUUCAGUUGGGCUGGGCCUUGGUUGCGUUUGCAACCGAGAACUCAGUUGGGCGGUUGUCGGUUCCUAAGCCCAAGAACCGACAACCGUAUGAGUAGGCCCAAAAAAGGGAAAGCCCACCCCUUUUUUAUCUUUUGUAUUUUUAUUCUGAAUAUUUGUAUAUCAUUUUUUAGUCUUUCACGUUUUUUCAUGUAGGAUUUCUGCUUACAACAUUUGACUUUUUAAUUUCCCACUUUAAAUUUUGAAUUUCAUCAUUAAUUGAUUCAUCACCUUGACUUUAAUAUAUUUUAUUUUUUUAU